CCUUCAACUUUGCUAUUAUUAUGAAGUCAUUCGCGCUUUUGGAGUCCACGCACCACCACCACCACCACAUCCCCCCUCCCCCUCCCCCUCCUCCUCCUCCUUCUUCAAUUCCACUUGAAGCAGCAGCACAGAGUCGCUGCACUACUGCACGGUGCAUGCCCAGCGGAAACACACUUUGCACACCGCAAACCGAGGAGGAAGGCAGAAAAAGAAGCGUAAAGGUGACUCUCUGCGUUCCGAGUUCAUUAUGAGCUGGCCUUAAGUGAACUGAAAGAAAACAGAGAAGCCCCCCCACCUGGACGCCCACAAAGAACUAAGUGGAUUGAAGAAGGCAGAGAGCAAGUGAGGGAGUCGGGGAGGAAGGGAAGGCAGAGGGGAUUAUCAGCUAAUCCAGUGCAUGGACAGUCCUGAUGGAGCCUCGUCAUUCUCCCAGGAUGAUGCAGACGCAACAGGUGCCGGAUUACGGCACUUUAAUUUAUUGGCCUUUUCAAGAAAGCACCACCCUCCUUUUUCCUUCGCUCUGAUUGUUUUCAUUUCCUCUCAGAGGUGGUGGGUGCAGAGGGACCAGGGAACAGACGACAACAAAGAGCAACAGGCCUGGUGCAGGAUGUCCCGUGGACAGUGUGGUGCUACACAUGGAUAAACCUCUUUAGUGGAGCACAGUGCAUGGCAGUGGACCUCGCUCUCUCUCUCUGUCUCUGUCUGUCUCUGCUUGGACUUUGAGGAAGACAACAACUUAUCGGAUGAGACACACGAGAUCCUCUCAGAAGUUGAGAUCGGUUGAACACACAUGCAGAAGGACUCAGUGCCAGUAAGAAACAAAGUGGAGACAGUCAGCAGUGUUUAGUGAGUUAAUUUCUUUAAAAGUGUAGGAUUGUAGAAAUUUACUGGACGUUUCUGAAUCGUUAAGGAGAAGAGAGGAGAGAUGUAGAACAUGAUGACCAAUCAGGAAACGAAGGCAUGAAGUUCUUCCAAUUAAUGAUUAGUCAUGCACUUCUUUCAUCACUGCUUGAGAACAACCCAGGCAGCGUAGGCGGGAUAACGUUAGGUCAAAGAACCACAGGGCUGAGUUUAGACCAGAGCAGACUGAUCCUUGUACGCUCACCUAAUCCCUAAAUAAUAGAAGUCUGAGUCACACAGUCUGAAAAAAUUGGCUUAAAGUGACUCAAUCAGUUAUGUUUCCUUAACAGAGCUAUUUAUAAACUUCAGCAAGUGUCAGUCUUACUUUGAAAUGCUACUGGUUUUCAUCCAGGUUUAGGUGAAAGGCAAAUUAAAUAUAAUUUGAUUCAUUUAGUGCUGGGAGUAAACCACAGCCUGAGACUAAUGACAACAUAGUUCUCCAGGUCUAACAAGAGAUAAAGCCCCAGAGUCUUGAGCCACAUAACCUGUGGUCACCACAGGAAACAAAGUGUCACCUCCUGAUUCAUCUUUGUUAUUAAGAUUAAAGUAGCUGCUGUGCAGGAAGAGUGAUCUGAACAUCCAGCUUUGGACAGACAUGCAGUACGAGAUGGGGGCAGAGAGACAGAAGGAACAGAAGGGGAUGUAAAUGACUCAGCCACACUGGCAUCUUUCAGUGCAGAUACACAAGGCCAAACGGGGAGCAGCUGUGGAUGAACACUUGGCUCUGGCCGUGUGGAGAAUGGAUUGUGCACACAUUCUGUGCCGACUGAACAACCACAUCUUUGUGUUUUCUGUCCUCCGUGUCCUGGCAGUUUAAUUGUUUCUCUCUGGUUUUACAGUGGACCUCACGCUAAGGUUCAGACACCAUCAUACAAGUCACAGGGAAAUUCUACAACUUGUCUUCCAGCAUGAGUCUGGGAAAACUGCCAGGGAUUAAGGGCCUGGUGUCUGGUUCUCAGGGCAAGCGUCGCUUCCAGAGUGACCUCUCUGUAGACAUGAUCAGCCCGCCGCUGGGUGACUUCCGACAUACCAUGCAUGUUGGCCGUGGCGGGGACGUGUUUGGUGACACUUCCUUCCUUAGCAGCUAUGGGGGCACCAGGGAGUCCGGAAGUCCAGACUCAGCAAACGGCUCCAAAACGACCAGGUUCUUCACACGCACAUUUCGGCACGUACGGAAGAACUCCGGGCCACAGCCACGAGAGGACCUGUCCUUCCCCCCACCAGACGUCUCCCCCAUCAUCAAGAAUGCGAUGUCCCUGCCCCAGCUGAACAUGAACGGGUGCCUACAGGCGGUGCUGUUCCCCAGCUCCAUCAGCUCCACAGAUGACUCCCUCUGCACAUACGGUGAGAUCAGAUAGAUAAUCACCAGGUUUAGCAUCUUGGCAGCUUUUUGCAUCAGAGCCCCAAUCUGACUUCACUUUGCACAUUUGCAAACUGAUGUGUUUAAUCAUAUAGUAAACUGAUCAUUUUAAAUAAAAAUCAGCAAAGAUUGUAAAUGAGAAAACACAUAAGCUUCAGCAAAACAAUUAAAAAUCACUUUCCUUGUGUUAAUGUAAAAUAAAUUAAAUAAAAAGGAGCUGACAUUCAUCAUAUUCACUGGUUAAAGGGCAGAACAUCAUUUUAAAAUUAACAUAAGAUUAAAUCUACUGGAUCAUUUGAGUCUGAUGUGAAAUGUUAAGAUCCUGGAAUAUUAAAUUUCUUUUUUAAAUUAGCUUUAGGUUACAAAGACUCCGUCUACACAACAAUAGACAACAAGGUCCUUAUAUUACAUGAAACAGUAAGAGGUGCAGCCCAAACAGGACAAUCAGCGACCUACUUACUGGCUGCAGCCCAGUGGCAGAGCAGCACUGUACUAGUCACCAUGAAUAAGAUAAAACCAGGUACCAUGAUCUAUCGAUAUGCUCUCUGCGCCUCCUGUUCACUCUCCAGCACCAAACAACAUAAAGAGCUGCUGAAUCGACUCAGUGCAAACUAUAAAUGUCAGUGAGGGUGAGGUCGCCCUCCUUUCAGCCUGGUUCCUACAAUCCUCCACGACAACCAGCAAACAGAAGCACUUCUUCUGACUCAUGUGGAGUCACCAAGGCAACACCUGUACACGAUUAAAACACAAACACA